CCUUCUCCCCUUCCCCUCCACGAUCCUCUUCGUUCAACUGCGACAUCGCUCUGUUCAUCACUCCGCCUCAAAAUGAAUCCAGAAUACGAUUACUUGUACAAAAACCUUCUUAUUGGAGACUCGGGUGUGGGGAAAUCAUGUCUGUUGCUGCGUUUUGCGGACGACACUUACACAGAGAGUUACAUCUCCACGAUUGGAGUAGACUUUAAAAUUCGAACAAUUGAACUUGAUGGGAAGACAAUCAAGUUGCAGAUCUGGGACACAGCGGGCCAGGAACGAUUCCGAACGAUCACAUCAUCAUAUUACCGCGGUGCUCACGGCAUCAUCAUCGUUUAUGAUGUCACUGACCAAGAGUCCUUCAACAACGUGAAGUCAUGGCUCCAAGAAAUUGAUCGGUUCGCGUCGGAACAUGUGUGUAAAUUGCUCGUCGGAAACAAGAAUGAUAUGACUUCGAAGAAAGUUGUCGACACAGCCACCGCAAAAGAAUUUGCUGACUCGUUGGGCAUCAGGUUUUUGGAAACGUCGGCAAAAACUUCAGAGAAUGUUGAAGGCGCAUUCCUUGCCAUGGCUGCUGAAAUUAAGGCCUCAACCUCGUUCCAACCUGCGAAGAACAAUGCAGGUGGUACGGUGAAUGUGUCGUCGAAGGACGAAGAAGUUAAGUCUUCAUCCGGAUGCUGUUAACAAAUUAACGCCAUGGCACUGCGCCGGUAUGUUUAGACUUCUGUACAAAAACGCGCUGUUUGGUUGGAAGUGUAUUGAUGACUUGUGACUCAUGCAGCGGUUACUUUUCGAGGUAUGUAGUAGGUUAUUCCAACAUCCCAAGGCACCAUUAAAUGGACCAUUACACAGCUCGGACGAAUGAAACAGAUUGCAUGAGUUGGCUGGACUUGAUGACCGUACAAUGAUCUAUUGAAGCUUUUUAGUUCAACGGUAGCGUCAAGAGAUGAAUCGGCGGUUUCCGGUUGGUCCUCGACUUCUGCGCUCGCUUCAUCUGCAUCAUAGCUGGCAAGGGAAAGAUCGUUGUACGUCGUCGAAACCGAUACGCUGUGUGUGAGCACACGCAAUGAAAGACUCGCUUUUUGGUCGACAAGACGGGCAUUGAGUUGAAGCUCAUUGCUGAGCCCCUUCAUACGAUCAACAACUGUAUGUAGCUUACCAAGUGGUGGCAAAGUAAACCCCUUAAUG